CAAAAACCAUAGAAGUGGAGCAUUUGGUUUUCACCCAAAACCAUAUUAUAAGAUGAUUUUAAUACAAUUAUAGUAUUUGCUGUAUGUUGAAAAAUAAACCCAGAAAAAAAAGAAACAUGUGUUGACCGUAUCAGUUUUAUUUGUUUAAUAAAUAAAAAUUACAUUCUUUGGAGGAAGAAGAAGAUAUAGAAUUUUGUUGCUCUUUUCUACUUUUCGAUUCUCUCGAUCGAGAGAGAAAGACAGGGAGGCACGGUAACACAGGUGGGUGCUUUUUAAGAUAAUCUUCCAACCGACAGCUUCGUGUGUUUCAGAUGGCAUUCAUGCUUAUAUGACUAAAUGAGAUUCUGGGGAUUAAGUUUAAGUUGGAAGGCUGUUAUUAUAGUUCCUAAUGGGGAUAAGGUACUUGCCGGUCUCGGUAGCAUCAACAGCUUUGAGCUUUAUUGGCCUUCAAGUCUGGACAGAGUUGUCUCUCGAUAGACUUAGAUCAGAUGGGCUCAUUGCCAACAACAUCUCUUUAGGAGACCCCGAGCAUGCCCUUGACCUGCUUCUGGGCUCUUAUUUCACUAUUGCCCUGCUGGCAAAUUUUGUGCUCAAUGUGUAUAUUCUUCUGGUACUUUCUCUCAAGACUCUAUUUUUUGGAGAUUUGUAUGACGUUGAAACUAAAAAGUUAGUGGAGCGACUUGCCAAUUAUAUCAUUUACAAGGGUACAUUUCUACCACUGGUUAUUCCCCCGACCAUAUUUCAGGGUGUACUGUGGACAGUUUGGUUGACUGUUCUAUGUACUUUAAAGAUGUUUCAAGCUUUGGCUAGAGACCGGCUUGAACGAUUGAAUGCAUCUCCUUCUUCUACACCUUGGACAUACUUUCGUGUGUAUUCAGUGCUGUUCGUGGUCCUCUCUGUUGAUAUGUUGUGGAUAAAACUUUCCCUUAUGACAUACAAUACAAUUGGUUCCUCUGUGUAUCUGCUGUUACUUUUUGAGCCAUGCAGUAUAGCUUUUGAGACCUUGCAGGCGCUGUUAAUUCAUGGGUUUCAGCUACUAGAUAUGUGGAUUAACCACUUAGCAGUCAAGAACUCCGACUGCCAAAGAUCUAAAUUUCUCGAUUCCAUGACAGCAGGCUCACUCUUGGAAUGGAAGGGCCUCCUCAACCGUAACCUUGGUUUCUUCCUGGACAUGGCUACUUUAAUAAUGGCACUAGGUCAUUAUUUGCACAUUUGGUGGCUGCAUGGCAUUGCUUUUCAUCUGGUGGACGCAGUUUUGUUUCUCAACAUACGUGCAUUGUUAAGUGCAAUUUUGAAACGAAUAAAAGGAUACAUUAAACUAAGAAUAGCUCUGGGUGCUCUCCAUGCAGCCCUUCCUGAUGCAACUUCUGAAGAGUUAAGGGCAUAUGAUGAUGAAUGUGCCAUAUGUCGGGAACCUAUGGCUAAGGCCAAAAGACUUCACUGCAACCACCUUUUCCAUCUUGGAUGCUUGCGAUCCUGGUUGGAUCAAGGUCUAAAUGAGGUUUAUUCCUGUCCUACAUGUCGUAAGCCUCUUUUUGUUGGUCGAACUGAAAGUGAGGUGAACCCUCGCACAGAGGAAGUCUCAAGCGAUGAACAGUUAGCCCGUCAGCUUGAAAGACAAAAUAAUCCCGUGCAUGCACUAGCCACUGGAUUAUUUCCUACCGAGAUGCCAAAUUCUGUCGAAAAUGAUACUUCGAGGUUCAGUUCAUUCUUCAUUCUUGCUUUUCUUAUCAACAACACCAAAGUAACAAUUUGUUUAGAACUUAAUGAUUCUUGUUCAGUGACUCCCUUGAUCUUGGUGCUGUUAAGCCCGGGAAUGCAUUCCUGUGGACAUUUUUGGACAGGUGGUCUGCAUCUGAGAACUGUAUCAAGCACGACAAAUGAAAGCUUGGCAAAUAUACUAGCUAUGGCUGAGACAGUGAGGGAAGUCAUGCCACACAUGCCCGAUGAAAUUAUUUUCCAGGACCUGCAGAGAACAAACUCUGUUGCUGUUACAGUGAACAAUCUUCUCCAGAUGUGACAAUAGUUUGUGUAAAAUAUACUUAAGCAUUUGCAGCACUUCCAUUUCAACCUUAGGUAUAGAUUAAUGAUGAGGGACAACAUCCUUGUCCUUAAGUCUUAGACACCACCCAACAUUCCAAGCUUCACCUGCUGUAAAUACAAGGCAAUGUGCAUCACUCUUUUGCUAUAGAGAAGAAGAAGAGGCUCUAGUCUAUAGCUUAUUGAUCUCUUGCGAAAAAUAAGUUCGGAUAUUUACAUAAGGUGAUGACGCCCUGGGGGUCUGGUGAUUUCUUGUCGCAGUCUGGCCUCGGCUCCAAUCUAGGGGGAGAGUAACCACUCUUUGCAGCUGCUGCUACCUCUACUGUAUAAGAAUGUGUAAUUUACAAUAAAUGAAGUAAAUUAAAGAAUCUACUGUUAUUGAUCCAAUAGUCUGUAAUAUAGUAUAUAUCAUCAAAUCUUUUUCUUCUGAAAAA